AAAAGCCAAAAUCAAGUAACCAAUCUCUCUCUCUCUCUCUCAUCAAAAAAAAAAAAAAAAUCUCUCUCUCUCUCUUUUUCUCUCUUGAUUUUUUAAUCCUCCGUUUCUGGGUUUGUAAUUGAGUGAGCCGGCGGAGCAGUUAUAUGCAUUUGGUGCAGCUUUUAUGAAUAGCAGUUAGCUAUUGUACGUAACAGCAGUACAGCAAAGAGUUUCAGGAUUUGCUGGUUUCAUUUUGCAUUCCAUAAUAAGCUGAAGAAAAAUCUCCUGUUUUGAUCAGAUCGAAAGAAAUGAGACCAAAGAUUUAUCUCUUCGGUGAUUCAAUCACGGAAGAGUCAUUCUCGUUCGCUGAUGGUGGUUGGGGCGCCUCUCUUGUUCACCACUUCUCACGCACGGUGGAUGUUGUGGUAAGGGGGUAUAGUGGGUACAAUACAAGGUGGGCCCUAAGGGCGUUGGACAAGGUGUUUCCUCCGCCGGAGAAGGAGGCGCCGGUGGCCGUGACAGUAUUUUUCGGAGCAAACGAUGCUUGCCUUCCCGAUAGAUCCGGCGCCUUCCAACACGUGCCCAUUGAUGAGUAUAAGAAUAACCUCUCCUCCAUUGUUUCCUUCCUCAAGAUCUUUGUUGGAUUUCAGAAGCGGUGGCCCGGAACUAAUAUCAUCCUCAUCACUCCUCCUCCUAUCGAUGAAGAUGGGCGACUUCUGCAUCCUUAUGUUGAAAACGCAUCAGGGUUGCCUGAGAGGACUAAUGAGGCAGCUGGUGCUUACGCAAAAGCUUGUGUGGCCAUCGCUAGACAAUGUGGAAUCCUAGUGGUUGAUCUUUGGACCAAAAUGCAGGAAGUUCCCGGCUGGCAAAAAGCUUAUUUGAGUGACGGUUUGCACCUAACUCAAGGCGGCAACAGGAUUGUUUUUGAGGAAGUAAUUGCGAAACUGAGGGAGGCUGGCUUGAGUCUGGAAACUCUACCGGUAGAUCUCCCACGCUUCGACCAGAUCGAUUAUAAUGACCCAGUUAAUGCUUUUGAGUAUUGAACUCAUAGGAGAUGAUCUUCUACCUCUUUCCAAAUCAGAAUUAGUAUGUGAUUUGAAUUACCACAUCUGAACUUGGUUAUAUUUUUGGGCAUGUCCUUUUUGUGAACAUUGUUGUGUUCUUCAAACUGAUACUCCCCCGUCCCAAAAACUAUUUCCCUCUUUUGGAUUCCAACAUUAUGGGGACGCCAUCAUUACUCGUCAUGAUAUGUGAUUUUAAAAAAAUUACUCUUUUGUUUUUUUUAAA